AUGGCGCGUGUGGAGUCGAGCAGCGAGCCCCAACGCAUUGCCGUCGCAAUAAAGGAGGCCGUCCUCGCCUGCUCAUACGAGCACACGGAGAUGGCGCUGAACGAGUGCCUGGUGUGCAAGCUGCAUCUGGUCGAGUGCUGCCUCGACUGCCGUGUGAAGGGGCGCUCGGAGGCGGACUGCCGUGUGGUGAGGGGCGUCUGCGACCACACCUUCCACGAGCACUGCAUUGAGAGUUGGUACCGUCAGCGCCGCGACUGCCCGGCGUGCUUCAAGGAGUGGGUGCUGGCGGCGUACGUCGAGCGGGCGUGA